CAGCUUGCAGAUGCCAACAUAGCCAGGCUCCCAGGAGACAUGUAUGAAGAAUCAGACUGUGUAUGUUCCUAUGGGAUGAAAAUGACUUGGGAUAUCAAUGAUCCAAAGAUGCCUCAGGACUUCAAGCAAUUUGACAGCUUUCAAGAAUGGACAGAUGGUUAUGUGAGAUUUAUAUACAAUGCAGAGGACAAGAAUGCCCAGCGCCAUCUAAGUGGUUGGGCCAUGAGAAACACCAACAAUCACAACUGUCAGAUCUUGAAGAAGUCUUGCCUGGGAGUGGUGGUCUGCAGUCGCAAUUGUACAUUGCUAGAUGGUAGCAAAUUCCAGCUCAGGCCAGCCAUAUGUGACAAGGCCCGUCAGAAACAGCAAAGAAAAAUGUGCAGUAACUGCAGCUCUGCCCUGGAGCUGAUCCCUUGCCGAGGCCACAGUGGUUAUCCGGUUACUAAUUUUUGGCGAGUGGAUGGGAAAGCCAUCUUCUUCCAGGCGAAGGGAGUCCAUGAUCAUCCCCGACCAGAGAGUAAAUCAGAGACAGAAGCCAGGAGAAGUGCUGUAAAACGGCAAAUAUCUUCUUCUCAUCUGUCACAGAAAAAGAAACUUCUGGACCCUGAGGUGGAAAGAUACAAUGAAAGUUGUGGUCAUUUCCCAAACAUACAUCCUAUAGCUUGCAUAGAUGGAACAGAUCGGUUUGGUCUUGUGAAUGAUGGAAAUGUUCCUGUUCCAGCCCAACAUUAUCCUUCUAUUCAAAGUGCUGAGCCUUACAAGCCCUCAUAUGACACAGUGGGAUAUCCGGGAGAGUCUCUGUCUUCAUUUCAAAAAUGCUCCAAUGCACGGAUAUAUAUGGCGAGAACGCCAUGCUAUGAUUUUUCUGUGCCUGGAUAUAUAAAUUCUAGCUCAUACCCUACACUUUAUAAGGAGCCACUAGGAAGUCUUUCUGAUACUGAUCGCUUUCAGUUAAAUGGUCAUCAGCAAAACCUAGGUGUCUUGAAUACACAUGAGAAGAACUAUGACAGCCCUCUAAAGCUUCAUGGAUGGAAACAGAUUUUUGGUAAAUCUGCCUAUGGAGAUAGGAAUGAUUAUGGACAAUCCCAGACAAACUCUGGUCAUCCCUAUCACAAUGGAGAAUAUCCCUGUAGGUAUGUGAGAACUCCAUCUCCAGUUGCUCCAGCCUUACAAACUGUUAUAACCACCACCACCAAGGUAUCCUACCAGGCCUACAAGCCUCCAGUUGUGAAAUAUAGUGAGAAUUCAUGUGACAUCAAAACAUUACAAAACUAUGCUCACAUUCAAGACAGUAUCUCAGAAGGUAUAUUUCCAGAGAGUAAAGCUCAAGAUGACAAUGGCCUCAUCAAACCUACACUUGGUUAUCAAGACCAGUUUCCCACAAAGUGCGAGAGAAUGGACAACCUUGACCUUUAUCGUUAUGGAUCAUGCGUGGGGAAUAACUUUAUAGUACAACCUUACAGAUUUGAAAAUUCUGAAUACUAAGAAUAUAUAUUAACUACAGUUAACUAAAACUGUUACAGGGAUACAAAAAAA